AUGCAUUUCCGUGACGUGCUGUGGUGGGGUGUUGCUGCCAGCCUGCUUGUUGGAUGCAGCAGGUGGCUCUUCUCUUCAAAUUAUUCGAACAGCACAGCUUGGAAGCCACUGAGGAUUAUGACAAAAGAAGAACAAAAUCACUUAAAAAAUGAAGCAGAGUCACUUCUAAAAGAGUGGAAAGGUAUUCUUGCAGCCGACGAAAGCACAGGUACGAUUGGCAAAAGAUUUGUUCAAAUAAAUUUGGACAACACAGAAACGAAUAGACAACGAUAUAGGGAAUUGUUAUUUACUACAGUAGACUUGGAGAAAUACAUAUCUGGCGUAAUUAUGUUUGAAGAAACUUUUUACCAAAAAACUAACAGUAAGGUUCGCUUUGUUGAUAUUUUGAAGGACAAGGGUAUUAAGGUCGGUAUUAAACUAGAUCGUGGGCUUACCGCUUUUGGUACAUUAAACGAACAGAUAUCACAAGGCUUAGAAGAUCUGGACACUCGAAUUGCUGAAUUUCGUAAAGGCGGUUGUACAUUUGCAAAGUGGCGGUCGGUCUUCCACAUCUCACCGGGGACUCCUUCAGAAUCAGCCAUUCGUAAAAACGCGGAAAUUUUGGCAACUUAUGCUAGGAAGUGCCAGGAGCAUGGAUUAGUCCCUAUUGUUGAGUCUGAGGUGCUCGCAAUUGGUUCUCAUGAUAUCGCACAAACCCAGUUGAUUACUGAAAAGGUCCUCGCUUAUGUUUUUAAAGCUCUGAACGAAAAGGAAGUUUAUCUCGAAGGAACCAUUCUAAAACCAAAUAUGGUCGUUCCGGGUCUAUCGUCUCCUACAGUGGCUAACAGCUCAGAAGUAGCCUAUGCAACAGUUACUGCUCUGCGACGGACUGUCCCUCCAGCAAUUCCGGGAAUUGCUUUUCUCUCUGGAGGGCAAACGGAAGAUGAAGCUACGACGAACUUGAAAGCGAUAGUUAACGUGAAUUUGACAAAGCCUUGGAAAAUUACAUUCAGCUUUGGAAGAGCAUUACAGACGACGACGCUGAAGAGGUGGCAUGGUGCAGAGAUUGCGGCUGCUCAGGAGGCAUUGAUCGAGAGGGCCAAGGCAAAUUGUAACGCACUGAAAAGCCAGUGA